UUGUCUAUCUGCCAAAGCCCUUUUCAUUUCUACCAUUGCAAUUUGUUUGCAAUUUGCAAAUGAUAAACAUAAAAAAUUAAAAUGUCAAGCUCAGCAAGAGAUCCAGAGAAAUUCAUGCCCAUGUUGCUGGCUCGUCUGAGAAAAGCCAGGGACAUCGCCAACACAGACGACGAAGGGGUUCUAAACAGUUUCAAAAACAUGGAGCAGGAGCUCGAAAGCAUGAAAGAUUUGGUACCCAGAGUGAAGCACUGGGAGAAAACUCUGUUCAACCAACUCAACGCCUUAGAACGCCGGCUUGACAAGAUCAUAAUAGGAACUGAGACCAGCGCCGAGGCCAUCGCAGGAGCGCUCGACGGCAUGGCCGGAUAUGUGGAGCAAAUCAAAGUCUCAAUCCCCCAAGUAAGAAAGUUGAUGCCUUGCCCUGAACAGAGCCCAGAGCCAUGGACGCGCAGGUCCGAGCCCAAGUGGCUUCCGGCGCAGAGAAUGUCACGGCACUGGUCACAGCUGCGACUGGAGGACCGCAUUCACAAAAGCGCUGCCAUGCUUGAUAUAAAUUUGAGCUAUGAACGUCUUGAGAGCAAUGAACUGAAGAUGUGCUUGCUCUCCUUCUCAAUCUUCCCUGAAGAUUCUGUGAUAAAGAAGAGGCCUUUGAUUUACUGGUGGAUUGGGGAAGGCUUCAUCAGAAGCACUCAAGACCAAACAGCAGAAAAGGUAGGUGAAGAAGUGUUUGAAAACUUGUUGACGCGGGGCUUAAUUCAAUCACAUUGUAGAUUACUGAAUGCACCCACAUCUGCAGUUGUGAAUAGCUGUACCAUGCACCCUUGGGUUCGUCACGUGGUGAUCUCCUUAGCCGAGAGCGCUGAACUCUUCGACUUUGAACCGCGAUGGCCGAGGAUGCCAUCUUAUAAAACCUCGAAUUGUAGGCGGGCAUGUUUAGUUUUUGAUAACCCAAUUUCUCAGGCUGAGAAUGCCCCCAACCUAUUGACAUUGUUCAAUUUAAACGAUCAUUAUCUGAGCUUAAAGCCCGAAUGGCUUGCUAAGUUAAAGAAGGUUGAGGUUCUUCAGCUGGGGCGGUGGCAGAGCUCCCCUACGCAUCACAUUGAAGUGGAUGAUGAGGGGUUCUUGAAGGGUUUGGGGCCUCAGAAUAUGUUCUUGAAGUAUCUUAGCCUCCGAGGAAUAUCAACCAUUACGCAACUCCCUUCUUGCAUCUUUAAACUUGUCAGCCUUGAAAUUCUUGAUCUGAGAGCAUGUCACAACUUAGAGACCUUGCCUUCAGAUAUCUCAUCAUUGAGGAAGCUCACGCAUUUGGAUGUCUCAGAAUGUUACUUGCUAGAAGGCAUGCCAAAAGGGAUUGAAAAACUUUGUUCCCUCCAAGUUCUCAAAGGUUUUCUCGUGGGAAAUCGGAAAACUACUCCCUGCAAACUUCCUGAUCUUGCCAAGUUGAAGAAACUCAAGCGCCUCAGCAUAUACAUAGGAAGUGAGGCCACAGUCGAAGACAGGGACUUCAAAUCUUUGAAGCACAUUUCGUCCCUUUGCCACCUCAAAAUAUCAUGGGCAGUGGUUUCUCCAAAGUUAAAAGAAAAAAUUGCCUUGCAGUCCAGGGACUUUUCAUUGCCACACUCUCUGGAAAAAUUGGAUCUUCAAGCCUUCCCUUUGCCAUUUCUACCGGACUGGUUGAAGCCUAGCCGACUGCAAAAAUUGAAGAAGCUCUAUAUAAGGGGUGGGGAACUUGAUAACUUGGAUCAGUGUGAAAAGGGCAUGUGGACAGUGGAAAUCUUGCGCCUCAAGUACUUGAGGAACAUGAAAAUAAGAUGGCCAGAGUUGAAGGAAUUGUUUCCUCAUCUGCGGUACUUGGAGAAGAUCAACUGUAAUGAGAUUGAAAAGGACAUUGUUUGGUGCAAAGCUCAAGGUUAAAUAUCAAGCAAGUUAAUGCUACAAUAAAGUUAGUCAAAGAAUCAAUCUCUGGAGUAAGUAGUUGAAUGCUGUUCUACUUUACUCGGGGUUUGAAUUUGAUAAUUAUAUGUGAAGCUUGUUGGUUCUCCAGUGCAGGGGAUUAGUUUCUCAGUCGAUGUUUUGAGUUGUGAAUUAUUUGGCUCCAACUUUCCACUCAUCCUCUGUAUCUUGUUCUUGGCUGCAACAUGUUAUAAAUAAGUGCCCUCCUGUUGAGUGCACACAUCAA